AUGAUAAACUUGAAAAGAGAUGCAGAUGAAGCCAAUUAUGAGGUUAUUACGACAGCACAGUCCCCUCAGCCAAUAAGUGGUGAGUGUGGGCCCAGAAGGCCAAUGCCAUUGUGCAUUGAUGCUCCAAUUUGGUUGAGUGCCCAUGCGGCCCCUGGCAGCCUGAUGGUCUGGCCAAGGAUAUAGAUGGGAUUGCCUUGCAAGCCCCUGGCCAGAGUUGGCGAGAUGGGGGCCUGGUUCCAGAGCCCCUCGGAAGGCACCUUCCAUGGACCCUACAUCAUCCUGCGGUGCUUCCCGAGGUUGGAGCUGCCCAAGGAUGUCUCGGCCAUAGAGAAAGAGAUGGAGCAGCUGGCCAAGGAGCUGAGCCAGAGGAGGAUGACCCUUGGGUACUUACAGGUGAAAGUGGGGUUUGCUCUGGACGCUCUUUUUGGAAAGGUGCUUAGCCGGAAGACCAUCUCCCUCUUCAAGGCCCAGCAGUUCAGCCUUGCCAACAUGUGGAAGCAGCAGCCAAUGCUGAAAAUGUGGCUGGAGCAACUGGACACCAUGAGCCUUUUGGGCUUAUGCAGAAUGGACAUGAUCCUGCAGCAGGCCUGACAGUGGAGACAAGCAACCAGGGAAAGGCACCUUGGGAACAACCUGUAGAAACUAUUCCUGCUGUGGCCCAAGCUCACACCCCAGCAAAUCAGUUGCAUUGCUGGACAGCUCUGGCUACCCAAGGACUUGGUCCAAGUUUUGUUUCAUAACCAAAGCAAGAUGGGAAGUCUGCCAACUAAUGAUUUCUCCCCACCACAGCAGGUGGGGUGCCAGGCUCCUUUCCCAGGGGGAUCAUUGUGCCUUCCCCUAGCAUCGGGGCUUCCUUCCAGCACCCCCCAACUAGAGGGAACCUUACUUUAUAACCUUGCAUUCCUCAUCCCCUUUCCUGAGGGAGGAACCCCUGUCUCUGCCCUGGACACCACUGAGGUUCUCCUGAGGCUUUCCAACUCAGGGGCCUGCCCUUCUGGGAGAGAUAAGCUGGGGAAACUGAUCUCUGGGGUUCACAUCAGCCUUUAG